AUGCCCACCGACCCAGCGGUCGAGGAGACAAACACUGCCCGCGAAGCGAAUCAACAGCGCUUUUCACGGGAUCUUGAGUUCCUCUCCGCACUGUGCAAUCCAUUCUACCUGCACCAGCUCUCGCAGCAGGGCUUUUUGGACGAUCCCGCUUUUUUGGCGUACCUGCGCUACUUAAACUAUUUUCGCGCGCCUGCGUACGUCCGGUAUCUCGUAUACCCACAAGCACUGCACUUUCUUGCACUGCUGCAACAUGCAGAGUUUCGAUUCGCUGUUGCGGAUACAGCUUGGCCGCACGAUACGGCCGCCAAGCAGAUUGCGCACUGGGCCACAUGGCGCCCGUCGCCGCCGCCGCCGCCGCCGAAGACUAAGACGGAGGCGCCUCGUGACGAAGGAAUCAGGGCGCCGCUCAUCCGGCUUGUCGAUCCUUCGUCGGGCAAGGUAACGGGGCCAUUCAAGCCGCGCGAUAUUGUACAAAAGCUCGAUCGCAAAACCUAUUCGCUCGUACAGGUCGCGCAGGGUGCGGGCGGCACUGAGAAAAAGGCAGAGUGGGCACUGGAGGAGCUUCCGAUAUGCAAGCUCGUAUCCAAGCGCGAAGAGUACCAAAAGCAGCGUGAGCAAAAGCGGCGUGCGACGACGAGUGGCGCACCUGCAACGUCCAAAGAUAUGCAACUGACAUGGAACGUAUCCACCAACGACCUUGCACAUAAGGUAGCACGCGCGCAAAAAGAGCUGCGCAAGUGUCACAAGGUACGCGUUGUGAUCCUGUCGAAAAAGGGCACGAAGCGUGUGUUGCCGGGCAGUGCGGAGGAGGACGUGCGAAUUCGCUUAGUCGACUCGAUAAAGCAUGCUCUAACUAUGUCUACCGAAGAUCCUAACGCAGUCGUCGCGCGCGUCGUGCAGGAGCCCAUCUGGAAGAACCAGCGGUCCAUGCUGGAAAUGCACAUAGAGCCGGUAGGAUAA